AAAUUGAACAUUGUAAGCAAAAUAAAAAGUAGCGAAGGUUGGUUUGGUUCCACAUAACCGAACAAAAUGGAGGGGAAGUGAGAGUGACUCAUAGAAAAAAAUACAGUACCAAAAAACAUCCAUGUGUUUGGCUGAGAUUUGAGAGAUCCAACACCAGAAUAACUUGAAAGAAAGAAAAAGACAGAUGGAUGCCCAAACAUAAAAUAAAGAUUCAAGGCCACGAUCACACUCAAACUCUCAUUACCUCAUUGACGGAUUGAUAUGAACUCAGGUUUUCGAACCUGAUUUCGUUUCUCUCCUUUCUUGUUUAUUUAUUUGAGACGAGGAACAGCUGAACGAGUACCAGAUGGGUUGUACAUUCUCUGGUUUGAACGCUCUCUACGAUGCCGUUAACGGGGGAGGUGACGUGUGGAUCAAUGAGACUCGGUUCAAGAUCGUGAGGCAGCUCGGGGAAGGUGGGUUCGCCUAUGUGUUUUUAGUCAAGGAGGUGGUCUCUGACUCCUCUGCCUCUGGUGGUGGUGGUGGUCUCGCUAAGAAAUUCAAGGACCCCUCUCAUGUAUCAGAUGAUGGAACUUAUGCUAUGAAAAAAGUUCUCAUUCAGAAUAGUGAGCAGUUGGAGUUGGUGAAGGAGGAGAUCCGAGUUUCAUCACUGUUCAGUCAUCCUAAUCUGCUUCCACUUCUUGAUCAUGCCAUUAUUUCCGUUAAGCCUACACAAGAAGCAUCUUGGAACCAUGAAGCAUACUUGUUAUUUCCAGUUCAUCUGGACGGAACAUUAUUGGACAAUGCCAAGACUAUGAAGACCAAAAAGGAGUUCUUUUCGACCUCAGAUGUUCUUCAAAUAUUUCGGCAGAUUUGUGCAGGACUCAAGCAUAUGCACAGUUUUGAUCCCCCAUAUGCGCAUAAUGAUAUCAAACCUGGAAACGUUCUGAUAACUCAUAGAAAGGGACAACCACCUCUUGCUAUAUUGAUGGAUUUUGGCAGUGCUCGACCCGCAAGGAGGCAAAUUCGCUCUCGUUCAGAGGCACUUCAGUUGCAGGAAUGGGCGUCUGAGCACUGUUCAGCACCAUUUCGAGCUCCAGAGUUGUGGGAUUGCCCAAGCCAUGCAGAUAUUGACGAAAGAACUGAUAUAUGGUCCUUAGGAUGCACUUUGUAUGCAAUACUGUAUGGAGUAUCUCCAUUUGAAUAUGCACUUGGAGAAUCUGGAGGAAGCCUACAAUUGGCAAUAGUCAAUGUGCAGAUAAAGUGGCCAGCUGGUCCUAAGCCUCCAUAUCCAGAUGCUCUUCACCAGUUUAUUACAUGGAUGCUUCAGCCGCAGGCUGCAGUCCGUCCUCGCAUUGAUGAUAUCAUAAUACAUGUGGACAAGUUGAUCUCCAAGUUCUCUCAGUGAGAUAAUAUAGAAGGAAAGAAAGUAUGAAAUGAACUUUCUUUGCUCAUUUCAGCAAAGCUUCUAAAAGUCAGCCAUCAUGCCUCUUCUUUUCUACUUCAGAGUCAAUAGGGCAAUUGAAUUGAUAGCAGUUCCCUCUCCAGUAUUACACAUUACAUUACAUUUUGCAGUAGGUUUGGCAGUUUGUGCAUUGGUUGAAUGUUGAUGUACUCUUCUGUCUCAACUAUUUAAUUUUGAAUUUGUAAUUUGUGAAACUGUGCUUCUCGCCUGGAGUGAAUUCUUUUGAAUAGUUAAAAUACAAUAAUUGCGAUUCAUUAAAA